GGGAUACAGAAUGUCUUCUAUUGCUGCUUCAACAUUAGUUUCUGUUCCUCCUGCUUCAACAAAACACGCCAAUGAGUCCCACAUCGGAAGACGCUGUGCAGAAUUUCAUCCUUCUAUUUGGACCGACCAUUUCCUUCAAUAUGCCUCUCACUCUCACUCUUCUAAAGUUAAUCAUAGUGAAACAGUGCAACACGUCGAAACUCUGAAAGAAGAAGUGAGGAAGAUGCUGGUUCCUACCAAUGAGAAGCCCUCAAUUUCAAAAGUUGAAUUGAUCGAUUCAAUUCAACGCCUGGGUCUGAGAUAUCAUUUUGAAAGUGAAAUUGCAGAAGUGUUGCAACAAACUCACAAGCAAUACGUUCAAAAUGGCCACUUAAUUCUUGACUCAGACCUAUGCUUUCUUGCUUUGCUUUUCAGAUUACUGAGGCAAGAUGGAUAUCUCAUUUCACCUGAUGUGUUUAGUAAGUUCACAGAUGGAGAAGGAAAGUUUAGUGAAAGAGUUAGCAACGAUGUGGAAGGAAUGCUGAAUUUAUACGAAGCUGCUCAUCUGAGUAUUCAUGGAGAAAAAAUCUUAGAUGAAGCAAUGGCUUUCACUUCCACUCAACUUCAUGCCAUCACCAAGACUGUUGAACCAAACACAUUUCUUGCUGAACAAGUUCAUAAUAGUUUAAGGCAAUCUCUCCAUAGGGGAAUUCCAAGGUUAGAGGCUCGAAAGUAUAUUUCAAUCUACCAAUUACGUCCUUCUCACAGUGAAGCCUUGCUGACCUUCGCAAAAUUAGAUUUCAAUGUCCUUCAAACUUUGCAUCAGAAAGAAGUUGCAGAGAUUUGCAUGUGGUGGAACAGCUUGGAUGUUGCCAGAAAUCUAUCAUAUGCAAGAGAUAGAAUUGUGGAAUGUUACUUUUGGAUUCUUGCAGUUUAUUUUGAGCCUCAAUACUCUUUAGGCAGAUUGAUACUCACCAAGAUGAUGGCCGUUUUGUCCCUGAUUGAUGAUACUUAUGAUGCUUAUGGAACCAUUGAUGAGCUGACCAUUUUCACUGAUGCACUUGAGAGGUGGGAUAUUUGCUGCUUGGAUGAUCUCCCAGACUACAUGAAGUUACCUUACGAGGCACUGUGGAAUGUUUAUGAUGAAAUGGAUCAGUACAUGAGGAAGGAAGGAAGAGAAUACAGCAUUAGUUACGCAAUAUCUGAAGUGAAGAAGGUGGCGAGAGCCUUCAUGAGAGAGGCCAAAUGGUUAAAUGAAAACUACAUGCCAACAACAGAACAGUACCUUGAGACAGCAAUGAUAAGUUGUUGUUAUUCAUUGCUCUCAACAGUAUCUUUCUUUGGGUUGCGACAUCUUGCCACUGAGGACAUGUUCAAAUGGGUUACAAGUCAGCCUAAGCUUGUCAAAGUUUCUUCCCUUAUUUGCAGAGCCAUGGACGACAUCGUCUCUAGUGAGUUUGAGCAGAAAAGAGGGCACGUUGUGUCGGUUCUUGAUUGCUAUAUGAAGGAACAUGGUGUGAGAAGGCAAGAAGCCAUUGAAGAGUUUCGUAGGGUUGUUAGUAAUGCGUGGAAGGAUAUGAAUGAAGAACUCCUUAGACCUUUGGAAGUGGACAGGCCUUUUCUAAUGCCACCUCUGAACUUAGCUCGUGUUAUGGACGUGCUUUACAAAGAAGAAGAUAAUUACACUCAUGCCAAAGGCAUCAUGAAGAAUUCCAUUACAGCUUUGUUGGUGGAUCCUGUGCCUGUAUGAGCAUCGACCUCAUUUUUCUCAUAUAUUUAUAUUAUUU